AUGCCCGGCCCGCCCAGCCUGCUGCCUCCUCUGCUCGCCCUGCUGUGCCUCGGGCUGGCCGAGCCCAACGCCGACCCCGACGAGCCGUGGUGCCCCUACAAGGUGGGCGGCGAUGGCGCCGCGGCGGCGGCGGCGGGGGCGCGGCUGUGCUUCCGCCCGCCGGCCCGCGGCUUCCAGUGCUCGGCGCGGGCGUGCCGCGCCCACCGCUCCGCGGGCGGCGCGCUGGUGGCCAACGUGCUGCGGAACGGCAGCGUGCUGCUGCAGUGGGGCUUGCGGCACUGGGGGCCGCCCGCCCGCCCCGCCGCCGCCCUGCGCGGCUUCGCGCUCAACUGCUCCUGGGACGGCACCUACACGCGCUUCCCCUGCGACAGCGUGGAGCUGGGGGCCGCGUGUCGCGAUUACCUGCUGGCCGAGGCGCACGGCAGCGUGCGCUACCGCCUGUGCCUGCAGCCGCGCUUCGCCCCGCCGCGCCCCGCGCCGCCCGCGCAGUGCGUGGAGUUCCGCGUGGAGCCCGCGGCCAUGCGCGACAUCGUGGUGGCCAUGACGGCCGUGGGGGGAUCCAUCUGCGUGAUGCUCGUCUUCAUCUGCCUGCUCGUGGCCUACAUCACCGAGAACCUCAUGAGCCCCGCGCUGGCCCGCGGAGGGCACGGGGCGGCCGCUGCGCGCCGCGCGUAGUGCGGGAGGGGACGGUGGUGGUGAUGGUGAUGGUGAUGAUGGUGAUGAUGAUGGUGAUGGUGAUGAUGUUGCGGCGCCCGGCAGCUCCCGCGGCCCCCGUUCCGGGAAGAGGUUUUCCAGACUGUUCUGGCAGCGCUGUGCCCGAACCUGCGGGAUGCGCGUUCCCAGCGGAGCUCGGAGCUCUCCUUCCUCCUGCGGUGGCUUCUCGGCCGGAGCCGUUCGUGGUGAACUCUUGGCAUCUCAGCGGAUCAAAAAUCAAUAGCAGAGGUCCCCAAGUGUCAGAAAUCGUCUUGUUUUUAAGGGCAAGCGGCUGAUCUUACCGAGGGCCUGUUUGAAAAGACUCUCCAGAACACCCUUAUUUUAAGCCUAAAACCUCUUGGUCUCAGAGCCGUGCUUGAUUUUUUCCCUGUGGGGUAAAGUUGUGUAAAGUUCAGUAGGACUGACUGGUGGGACCACAAACCCCAUAGCUAAGGGUGUGCUUGAUCCAAAGCCCACUUAAUUUCGUGGUUUAGGUGGGGUUUUUGUCAUGCUUUACGGUGGUCACAAAUUUUGGGGCCACUGUCCAAAACCCACGGGGGUUUUCUGGUCGAGGGUUUUCGACCAUCAACAUCCAACACCUGCUUUUCUCCCAUCAGAAUCGCGUUGUAGUUUCACAAAGAGUGCAGGUAAAGGGAUAAAUUGAAUAAGAAAACUCCAUUUCGUUGAGCAAGUAGGAACCAACCCUUAAUUAUAAGAUAGAAGUGAGUGCCCCCUGAAAUCCCCUCCUUUAGCAAAGCAGCUGCACUAAGGUAGAAGCUUCUUGACCACAGAACUCACUGAUGUUGUAGCCGAGUGUUUUGAGCGUAGGAACACUCCCUGGUAACUCCUCACUUGAUGCUGUAGUGAAGUAAGGUUUUAGCCAUACUCUAGUACUGAUUCUAUUGUGCCUUAGUGCUGAGAAUUUGUCCCAUUUCUCUUGGUGUAGCUGUUCCUGUAGUCCUCGUAGUUUUAAGUGUGUCUCCCUCGUGUUCUUGUCUCCGGAAUUAGUGGUUGUUGGUUUGUCUGAUUGUUUUCUUUAAAAAAAAAACAAAAACAAACAACUUGGGCUGAGCAUUACUUGAAAUUUACUAUAUCCACAAAGUAGUUACCUUCAGAGAGGUAUUUAGUGAGGUAGUUUUUAGUACGUGUUGUUUGUAUGUAGUUGACUGCUGUAACACAAAAAAAAUUAAUUUAUUAUCACUUAGGAACUGUGCACUUAAAGCAAAAAAACAAAAAAGUAGGGGGAAGGCUCUUUUUAAAGGGACUGUCAGGUUCAGUGUGAUCUGUUUGUGUAAAUGUUUAGCACCGGUGAACGACCUGUUUGCUUUUCCUUGUGAAAGUCGUUUGUGGUAGAGGGUAAAUAUAGGAAAUGUGUGGAAUCCUUAAUAAUACCCAGUAUUUGUACUGAACAGAAUCCCUUCUUCCAGGACUUGGGAGUGGCUGAGGAGCUGAAGGUCUGAAUUUCAUCAACAUUUUCCUUUGUUUGUUAUUCCUGCCGUGUUUCAUUCUCACCUGCAGCUGACUCCACCGAGCUGCUCUGUGUUUGUUACCUUGCUGGAUUGAAGCACCUCACUGAUGCCUCAUUUUUGGGUUUUUAUCCCUAAGGACAUGGACUGCUGGAAGAAAAGGCAAUUUUGAAGAACAUUAAGACAAGUGUUGGUCUUUUAAAGGUUUCAGGGUUUGUUUUUUUUUUGCUGUAGCCAGUUCACCACAGGAGCGUUGGAGUGCCACUGAUUUUGUGCAUUUCUGUCACCUUUUGUCAAGCAAUGUCACUGUUCUGUUCCUCAUCUUGUCAUGAGUUGCCAGAUGUGAAAACCAGCUGUAUAAACAACGAGCCUUGUACCACCUUGGCAUUGAACUUAAUAAAUUAAGAGGAUGAUGAAGAGAAAUGAAAAGCUCAUAAAUAUUUAAAGGUUCAAGAUCUUGCUUGACUCAAAGUGAGUCUGCCCAAACUGGUCAUAAUAAUAUUCCAUUGCUUACUGUAAAAUUAUG